AGUAACUUUUAACUUUUCCACUAAAGCAACUAAAAGAGUCGUCCUGGAUUCCCUUCUGGCAUUCCAAAUUUCUCUUGUUUGGAAAGAUGGCAGACAACAAGUUGUACGAUAUAUUAGGAGUUAGUAGAUCAUCCUCUGAUGGCGAAAUUAAAAAAGCAUACAGAAAACUGGCAAAGGAGUUUCAUCCCGAUAAAAAUCCAGAGGAAGGUCAUCGUUUCAAGGAAAUCUCCUACGCCUACGAAGUGUUGUCAGAUCCGAAAAAACGACAAGUGUAUGACAAGUACGGUCUGAAAGGAAUGCAAGAAGGGGGAAUGCAAGAGGGUGGUUUUGGCGGUGCCGAAGAUAUAUUGUCUCGUAUUUUUGGUCAGGAUAUUUUUGGCGGUUUUGGUAUGGGCGGGAUGCGUAGAAGGCAACGAGGUGAAGAUACAGUUCAUCCCUUAAAAGUUACUUUGGAAGAUAUGUACAAUGGAAAAACUGCCAAAUUGCAACUUAGCAAGAAUGUAAUAUGUGCAACUUGUUCCGGAAAGGGUAGUAAAAGUGAUGUCGUUGCUACUUGUCGUGCUUGUAAAGGUAGCGGUAUUAAAGUUACUUACAGACAGUUAGGACCGACAAUGAGUCAACAAAUGCAAUCUCGUUGUCCCCAAUGUUUAGGAGAGGGUGAAAUUAUUAAUGAAAAGGAUCGUUGUGGUACGUGUCGAGGGCGAAAGGUUUGUAAUGAAACAAAAAUAAUAGAGGUGCAUGUUGAUAAAGGAAUGAAACAAAAUCAGAAGAUUUUUUUUCGUGGUGAAGGUGACCAACAGCCAGAUGUCGAACCCGGAGACGUGGUAAUUGUGCUGCAACAGAAACCACACGAGGAAUUUCAACGUAAUGAAGAUGAUUUACAUUUGAAUCAUGUAAUCACCGUAACAGAAGCUUUAUGUGGGUUCUCUUUUGUUGUUCAUCAAUUGGAUGGGAGAGAUCUACUAAUUAAACACACAGCCGGUGACGUUGUCAAACCUGGUGAUGUACGAAUGAUACCUGGGGAGGGGAUGCCUCAUUAUAAAAAUCCAUUUGAGAAAGGAAAUAUGUACAUUACCUUUGAAGUACGUUUUCCUGACAAUCAUUUCGCUAACGAAAUGCAGUUAAGAGAGUUGGAAAAUGCUUUGCCACCUCGUACACCAUUUACAAUGCCAACUGGCGAUCACGUCGAAGAAGUCGAUAUGCACGAAUAUGAUCCAAAUGAUAAAAAUGCAAGUGGCGGACGUGGCGAAGCCUACGACAGUGAUGAAGAACAUGUUCACGCCGGUCCAGGUGUGCAGUGUGCUCAUCAGUAAAAUUAUUCAAAUAGUACGUGUUGUCCUGCUGCUUUCUAAAUACGGACUUGUAAUGUAAUGAUGAACAGUUUGAUGAUACUUAAUAUGCUUAUAACCGUCUGCAGUUUUAGACUUUUUACAAAUUUUGUUAAAAUGGUAACAAAAAUAUUUAUGCGGUAUGUAACACCCUAAAAACUGCUUCGAAACGUUUAUACAUUAUGUAUCAAUUUAAUUCCAUUUUAGAUACUUGCUAUAAUAGAGUAAUUUGUGGGUUUAUUCUUUUGCUGUUUUACCUUUUUUUAUACUUUAACCUCUAUUGUGGUGUUGUAGUACCUAAUUGAGGAAAUUUUUUUCAUUUGAAAUUGCACUCCGUCUCGUCUCGUAACUAAAUAAUGCUUAGUUAUCAAAAAAAUUGGCAUCAAAGAAACAAAUAAAUUGCAUUCAUUGUUUUGUA